AUGGAUAUUGAGUUUGACAAUCUCAGUGACUUACCAAGUGAUGUUACGGAAAAGAUUUUGUCAUUUUUGCCAAUGAAAGAGGCAGUGAGGACAAGUAUAUUAUCAAGCAAGUGGAGGUACAAAUGGGCUAUCCUUCCAGAUCUUGUGUUUGAUGAACUGGGUUUCCCAGGAGUACUUUAUAAGCAUGACAAAUUAGUGAAAAUGGUUGAUCAUGUGCUCUUCCUUCUCAUUGGUCCAAUAAACAAGGUCAAGCUUUCUCAUAAAGGUCUUAAUGGCACCGCAGAUAUUGAUAGAUGGAUUCUUCAUCUAUCAAGAAAUUCUAUGAGAGAGUUCAUAUUUAGGUUUUGGAAAAAGCCUGAAUACAAGAUGCCUUCAUGUGCUUUUGAGGAUCUUAGUUUUCAGAACACCUUAAAGCUUACAGGUAUUUGCAUUUCUUUGGAAGCUAAUGGCGACCAAAGACCGGUUCCUGGCGGUUCUAGCAAUUUGCUCAAGCUUUUGACUCAAUGUGCUCAUGUUCAAGGUCUUGAUAUUCAAAAUUACUUUUUAAAUGUUCGUCAAGAGGGACAGGCUCUUGUGGGAGGGGUGAACUCUUGGUUAGAUGACAACCAGAAUUUCCAACUCAGAAAACUGCAAAUUGUGGAAGUACAUGGCAUCAGUAGCACGAAAGCUGGACUAGAUUUCAUCAAAUUUCUGCUUUUAAAUUCACCAAUGCUUGAGAAGGUGUUUUGCAAGCCUGCAUCUCACUAUAGUUCUCCUGAACUAUUAAAAAAGAUGAUCCAGUUUAAGCGUUCCUCAUCCCUUGCGGAGAUAAUCUACUUGGCCCCAUGA